AUGAUCACCCACAAAGUUGUAAAAGAACUAGGAUUAAAGAUCGAUAAACCUUCUAAAAGUUUAAUUAUCGCUACUACUGGAACUACUUCUCAACUACUUGAAAAUGACUGGUUACAAAAAGUUGAAGCAAAUUAUAAUUGA